CAUCGGUGAAAAUGAACACCACUCGCCAUCGGUUGAUACGCGAGCUGAAUAGAUUAGCGUCGACGUCGGCCACAUCGGCUUCACAAUCGGCCAGCUCCACCGCUACCACCACCAACAAAACCCACCAGAGCAACAAAAUCCCCAGCUCCAGCUAUGCCACCACGACAUGCCCGCACCUGAUGGAUGUGGCUGCUUCGGCUGACUCCGUCGUCAACACCCGGCUCCAUCCGGCACACAUCCAACAGCAGGCACCACCGACGAUCAAACUGGAAAAUGCUCGACCUUACUCGGAGGUUCCCGGCCCGAAGCCGCUGCCCAUCCUCGGAAACACCUGGCGCGUCUUCCCCAUCAUCGGCCAGUACAAAAUCUCCGACGUUGCGAUGAUAUCGUUCCUGCUGUACGAACAUUACGGCCGGAUAGUGCGACUGGGCGGUCUGAUCGGUCGACCCGAUCUUCUUUUCGUGUACGACGCUGACGAAAUAGAAAAGGUCUACCGCAACGAGGGACCCACACCAUUCCGACCGUCGAUGCCCAGUCUGGUCAAGUACAAGAGCGAGCUGCGAAAAGAUUUCUUCGGAGAUUUGCCCGGGGUGGUUGGAGUUCACGGCGAACAAUGGCGCGAGUUCCGUUCCCGGGUGCAAAAACCGGUCCUCCAGCUGUCCACCGUCCGCCGCUACGUAUCGCCACUGGAACAGGUCACCGAGGAAUUCAUCGACCGCUGCAACCAAAUGCUGGAUGGUAACAAAGAACUUCCGGACGACUUUGAUAACGAAAUUCACAAGUGGUCCCUCGAAUGCAUUGGACUGGUGGCUCUGGACACCCGACUCGGAUGCUUGGAACCCAAUCUGUCCCCCAACUCGGAACCGCAGCAGAUCAUCAACGCAGCCAAGUAUGCACUGCGCAACGUGGCCACCCUGGAGCUGAAGGCACCCUACUGGCGGUACUUCCCGACCCCACUGUGGACCAAAUACGUCAACAAUAUGGACUAUUUUGUGAAGGUUUGCAUGAAAUACAUCAAGAGUGCCACCAAGCGUAUGAAUUUGAGUGAAGGACGCGCCCUAGAAGGUGAGCCCUCGCUGCUGGAGCGAGUCAUCAAAAGUCAAAAAGACGAACGGCUGGCGGUGGUCAUGGCGUUGGACUUGAUUCUGGUCGGCAUCGAUACCAUCUCAAUGGCAGUUUGUUCGAUUCUGUACCAACUGGCCACCCGCCCGGCCGAGCAGCAGAAGCUGUACGAAGAGCUGAAGCGAAUCAUGCCCGAUCCGAAGACGCCGCUAACGUUCCAACUGUUGGAUCAGGCUCACUACCUGAAAGCAUUUAUCAAGGAAGUCCUACGAGUGUACAGCACCGUGAUCGGUAAUGGACGAACACUGCAAGAGGACACCGUCAUCUGUGGGUACAGGAUUCCCAAGGGGGUCCAAUGCGUCUUCCCGAAUUUGGUCACCGGCACGAUGGAGGAGUACGUAACCGACGCCAAGAGCUUCAAGCCGGAACGUUGGCUCAAGCCUAGCCAGGGUGGAACCGGUGACAAUCUGCACCCGUUCUCAACGCUGCCAUACGGUUACGGAGCGCGAAUGUGCCUGGGACGCCGCUUUGCCGAUUUGGAGAUGCAAAUUCUGCUGGCUAAGCUGCUCCGCUCGUACAAGCUCGAAUUCAACCACAAACCGCUCAAGUACGUAGUGACGUUUAUGUACGCACCCGAGGGGGCACUCAAGUUCAAGAUGACGCCACGGGAAUAAACUAGCGCCGGGACAUUUCGAAGCGGUGAUGGACAAAGACAAGCUGCCCUAGGUUUAGGAUUUGAUUUUACGUAUAGAUAACCAGCUUUCCAUGUACAUAACCAACUUAUGUAAUUGUUAUACUAUAUCUUACGGAAUAAAGAUGAUGUAAUGAACGA